AUGAAGACUACUCUUGCCCUUCUCUCUUUGCUGCCGAUUUUCGGAGCCGCGACAGCUAUCGGACGGAGCGAGCCAGCGGAAAUGCUCCCAGUCAUUGAUGGCGACAACUCCGGUCAUACCAAAGACCCAAGGGAAUCAAAACCUCUUGCUGCUAGCGAGCGUAGUGCCUCUGCCGCCCAGCUUUGCCCACCCGGAUAUCCAUUCCUCUGUAAUGGAUAUUGUUGCCCCUACAAUCGCUGCUGUGCUCGGCAAUGCUGCGGCUCGAGGGCCACUUUCUGUGGUGCCGACGGACUUUGUUACUAUUAG